AUGGGCGUGUUGUCUCGGAGUCACAGUAUAAAAGUGGGACCUUAGGUCACUACUCUUCACAUCGCUUCCGACCCUCGAUUGGAUCACACCUCCCUCUACGAACACCAGCUCAGCUGCUCGAAAUGAACGCUGCCAUUCUCCUCGCUUGCUGCCUAGGAUGCGCCGUGGCCCGCCCACAAGGUGCCGCCGACAGCGGUGCCUCCGCAGGAGGCGCCCCUGAAAUCGGGGCCUCCGUCGUCACUCCCAUCCCCAUCCUGAUCGACGAAAGAGUCCCCAUCGACGCCUUCGGUGGCUUUGGAAUGAGAUUCCAGACCGGAAACGGAAUCAGCUGGGCCGAAAACGCCGUGGCUGCCGGACCUCUGAACGAAGUUACAAGGACUGGCCAGUAUACAUUCACGCAUCCCGACGGGACUCCCCAUCUCCUGACCUACACCGCUGGCAUCCACGGAUUCCAGCCCAUCUCUGACUUGAUCCCCACCCCCCACCCACUCGAACCAUGGCACAUCGAACAGAUCGAAUUCGCCGCCCGUCAGAAGGCAGCUGAGGCAGCUGCAGCAGCAGAGAGCCAGGUGUCAGCAUAAGAACCAAUGUCCCUCUUCCAUUCUUCUCCGUUGUGUGAUUGCUUCCCAGUUUAAGCCUUUAUCUUGUUAAGAGUUUAUUGUUAAAGAGAGUGAUAUUUUCUAUGCACUGAGAAAUAUAUGAUAUAAAUAUUAUAUGCCAAAAAAUUUGCUU